GACCGCUCACAGGGCGAACAGGACACACAAUCAGAGGUUCAGCUAAUUAACAGAAAUCCUGCGUGUGUUGGGUCAGAGGUCCCACGGGGGAGCGUUGCUGCAGACCUUAAGGUGUGACACCUCCGCUGGAGCACGUGUCUGCAUCCACUGGACGUGCGGAUUUGACUCUAACGCACAUCUUGACUUCAUUUCCUAAAAUGUUAGCCUGUUCUAGCAGAAGCUCUGAGAGGGAGGACGAAGCGAUGGAAGCGUGAUCGGGAUGGCUCUUGUCCAGGUGUCGUCCAGCCCCUCUGCAAUGAUGGAGCUGUGACGUCUAGCAGCUUCCCUGUUGUGUAACCACCAAGGGGCUGCAGGGGGCUAUAUGAGCCCCCAACCUCGCCUGGGUUCUCAGAGCCUCAAGCCUGUUUGCUUUGUACACAAACUCAGAGGCAUGCUAGAGUUCGGGGGAGUCAGCUGGGCAGACUUCUCCUAGAGGAGACAGGACACGGACAUGGACUUUAGCCAAGAGAGUCACUGAAAACCAGCUUCACUUUUUGGGCAAAACACAUCUCAGCUGAUCUUGGAAAUCUGAGAAAGUCUUUUGACGCAGGAGAACAUCCAGCUCUACGAUGGCGUUCCCAAACCUCUCCCUCUUCAACACCAGCUCCUCCCCCUUUUCAGCAGCAGAGGUCUAUGUGAACGGCACCCCGGCUCCCCUCUGCACAGACUGGCCUCCUUUACCUAUUACUACCGUGAUCCCCACCAUCUACAGCAUCAUCUGCAUGCUGGGAACCAUAGCCAAUGCCUUGGCGGUGUUCGUGUUGACCUGUGGCAAUAACUCGAGGAGGACAGUGGCUGACAUUUUCAUGCUGAACCUGUGCACCUCUGACAUGCUGUUCCUGCUUUCUCUGCCGCUCUGGGCCGUCUACUACUCCCGGGGCUACAGCUGGCCCUUUGGACAAGCAGCCUGCAAGAUCUGUGGAGCCAUCCUCAACCUCAACCUUUAUGCAUCCAUCUUCUUCAUCGCAUGCAUGAGCAUGGACCGCUACCUGGCCAUUGUGCAUCCUCUCCGCUCGCUGAGUGCACGAGACACCAAACACGCCUGCUUCCUGUGCGUCCUGGUAUGGAUUCUGGCAUGUGCUUGCUCAUCUCCCAACCUGGCUCUGAGGAACAUUGUACAUCUGGAGGGGCUUGAUGUGGAUGCCUGUGUGAUCGCAUACCCUGACCGUAGCUGGUUUCUGGCUCUGGUCCUGAUGAAGAUCCUCCUGGGAUUCCUACUUCCUCUGCUUGCCAUCUCGUGCUGUUACUGUGCCAUCGGGAGACACUUGUGGGCUCAUAGAGGCGUGGUGAACAUGCAGCCUCCAUCACACCUCCCAAACAUGCCCUCACAGGAAGGCCACCGUCAACCAGAGCAACCCGCCACUUUCAUCGCGAGCUCUGGCGAGGGCCGACCUCAGAUGACCAGGAGAGUAGAGAGGAUUUUAUGGACGGUAGCCGCUGUGGUUCUGGCCUUCUUCCUCUGCUGGUUCCCCUUUUGCUUUGUGACCUUUAUAUAUGUGUUGAACAGUGAAGGGUGGCUCGAUGGCUGCUCCAUAACCUGGACCCUAAACAACCUCACCCCCCUCACCCUUAGCUUAGGCUUCUCCAACUCCGCCAUCAACCCUAUUCUCUACUGCUUCAUUGGAAAUCAUUUUCGAGGCCGCCUUGGGGACCUGUGUAAGGGCCUGUGUGCUUGUCUGAAGGCUCGUGGAGAGGAGCACAGCCAGAAGAGAGGCUCCUUCAGCACCAGGCUCAGCUCCUUUUCUCGAAAACUCAGUGACCUGAAGGACCUGGCAAUUGUGGAGACCCCUGGUCCCCCCUAGCAGACUUUCCCCCCUUCCAGCUCCAGGAAAUGGAGUCUUCCCUCCUAUAGUUUUACACCAUUUAAUCUAAGAAUGUCACUGCUGAAUACCAGGCUGAGCUCCAGAUGCUGAAGGACACAGAGGAGUCCUGGUUUUACGUAACACACACACACACACACGGCACAGUUUAAAGAACACAUCACAAACCGAACCGUAAAAGGGACUAAUGUAAAUGCACAUUAAAGGCUAACAGAUGUAAUGUUUUGGACUAUCAUGGAGACAAAAUAAACAAUCAAGAGUUUUAAAAAGUGUUAGCUACCUAAGUUAAGCUGUCACAGUAUUUAGAGCUAGCUACAUGAAGAGUGUUGCUAGUACGCUUCACACACGUCUUGUAAAGCAUUUUAAAUGGAAAGCAAUGCUACUUGAUAAAUGUGGAAUGCCUAAGCGACACAAUUACACAGAUUUCUGUCUCGAUUCACCCCUCCCCAAACUCAAGGAUUAAAGUGGCGCUACAAUGCAGUUAAUCAAAAGUCUACAACAGAACUUUGAGCCUCUAAUAAGAAAUGUUCUGUUGGCUUUCGUCUGUCCCAGGAGCUCUGAUACUGGCCAGUCUAAAACCCCUAAAUCAUCCUCGCUGUGAAAAGAGCCGUUUGCUCCUCCCACUCGGCCAGGACAUGAAUAUGAUAAUGAACUGCUUGCUGAUUGGUCGGUUUCCCCAGAAGACCCUACAACACUGGAGAUACGCAGGUUUGAGGAGGAAUGGCUCCUCCUUAUGACGUGUUAAGGAAGGCUUGAUCAGAACAGUUUUUCUCUCAACUUUUUCAUAUUUCUAGUUGACAGAAGUAGGUCACACAUGGCUUUGACUUUUUGGCCAGUUACUUUUGACCACCCUAGCUGUCUUUAUUCAACAUCAGUAAUGAAAAUGUUGGUUUGCAUCCUAGGCCCUCUUUAAGAUAACUGUAAUGGCCCUAAGGAUAACUUAAUCAGAUAUUCUUUCCAUGUGUGGAGAGUUAAGAGAAUAAUGGACUUUCUUGCCACAAUAUCACAGAGUGAGUGGUGUGUCCAGAGGACAAAGGACCACGUUUGUUGGGUUUGAAGAAAUGUUUGACCUUGAGAGGUUUUGCAUGAUUUCUUGUCUGACUCGGGAAUGUUUGUGAAUCAGUUUGUUUGUAGCGUAUCUUUAAACGGUGAAUCACACCCUGGAUUGAGUCUUACUUCACCCACACUUAAUGUUAGAAAAAUGCGCCUAAAGGAGGCAUCGCCUGGUGCACCGAGAGAGCAGCACAGAGGUGGUGAUUGACAGCACUCCCCUCUACCCCCUCUCAUCUAUGCUAAGUUAAGCUAACAUGUCAUGUUUUAGUGUAGUAUUUCAAAUGAGGGAAAAACAAAACAAGCUAAAUGGUGAACCUAGCUUUGGCUGCAGCUAGCUUGAUUUAGGUAUUUCGUAUUAAAUUAUUAUAUAUGUUGUAUUUUAUACUGUGACAAAGCUAAUUUUCACAUAAAGGUUUUAUAUACUGUGGAAAAACUCAAGAUGAGAAGUUCAGGAAAUGCUAUUAAAAAUGAAUUUGUGCUACUUUUGUUUAGUCCACGAACACAGGAGAUAAGAUCCAAUCAUCAACCAGACAUCUCAGUAGGUUUUGCCAUGAUUAUUUUAGUGUGUGUGUGUGUGUGUGUGUGUAAACAAGAUAUUAUCUGUGUAAUCACCACAAGUCAUUUAUUGUAAUACUGAUGGUUCACAUAGCAUAUAUAAAAAGAAUAUGUCUCAUA